CUUGAAAUAAGAAAGGAAAUUAGUGAUGUACAUGGAGUAGCAACUGAUUAUAGAAACCUUGGCACACUGUUUCAUUCCUUACGUAAAUACAAAAAGGCUCAAAGAUAUGCCGAGAAAGCUCUUUCAAUCAGCAAGGAAAUUGGUGACAUAAAGGGAGAGGCAGCUGUCUAUGGAAACCUAGGAGUUUUGUUUCAAUCGCAGGGUGAAUACGAAAGGGCCAAAGAAUACACCGAGAAAGCACUUUUCAUCAGAAAGGCAAUUGGCGACAGAAGGGGAGAAGCAUCUGACUACGGCAAGCUAGGAACAUUGUUUCAGUCGUUAGGGCGAUUUAAAAAGGCUAAAGGGUACACUGAGAGGGCACUUGCGAUUAGAAAGGAGAUUAGUGACAGAAAGGGAGAAGCAAGUGACUACGGAAACCUAGGAACAUUGUUUCAGUCACUAGCUCAAUAUAAAAAGGCUGAAGAGUACACCGAGAGAGCACUUGCAAUCGGUAAAGAAAUUGGCGACAGAAAUGGAGAAGCUACUGCCAACGGAAACUUAGGAAUAUUACUAAGUUGCAAAGUGAAUACAAGAAGGCUAAAGAAUACUUCGAGAGAGCGCUUAAUAUGA